CUUGGGCUAUGAUUUAAUUUGAUGGAUUUGGGCCACUCCAAACUAAACAAAACGACGGCGUUUUAAGUCCCCGGAAAAUAGAAUCCCAGUUCAUUCUUUAUCUUCGUUCUCAUCAGAUCAAAGUUAUAUCCUGACAGUAGAGAAGAAGAAGAAGAGACUUAGAAGAAACCAUGGCUAAGAGCUCCUUCAAGCUUGAACACCCUCUCGAAAGGAGGCAGGCGGAAGCUGCCCGAAUCAGGGAGAAGUAUCCUGAUAGAAUACCAGUAAUUGUGGAGAAAGCUGAAAGAAGUGACAUACCUGACAUUGACAAGAAAAAAUAUCUGGUUCCUGCUGAUCUGACUGUCGGGCAAUUUGUUUAUGUUGUCCGGAAGAGGAUAAAGCUCAGUGCUGAGAAGGCUAUUUUCAUCUUUGUCAAGAACAUUUUGCCACCUACAGCUGCCAUGAUGUCUGCAAUUUAUGAGGAAAACAAAGAUGAGGAUGGCUUCCUUUACAUGACUUAUAGUGGAGAGAACACAUUUGGAGCAUCAUUCUAAGGAGUCAACCUAAGCUUAAUGUAAAUAAUGACCUUGAAAAUAUUUCAUGGAAAAAUGUAAAUCCUUAGAUGUUUGCAUUUACUGAGGGAGCUCAUGGUUACUCAUGCUCUCUCCUUAGCUUCUGCCUCUUCUUAACUUCUGGAUAUGUGGAGACCUAUCUUAUAUUAAUUUGAUGCAGUAAAUAUUAAUGCUUUUCUUCUA